AUGGAAAAGGAGGAUCGUUUGGGAGUGUGCUCCCUUUCUCAAAAGCUCGCUGAUCUUUUCGCAGAAGAUUCAGACAGUGAAAACGAUAAAACCUUUUAUGGGUUUUCAGACAGUGAACUAAGCGAUAUCGAUGAUGUUAAGGCAUUAGACAGUGAUGAAUGCUCCAAACGCACCCCUCCGAAACAACCAGCUCCCCAGCGUUUCACGCUCCGGGUGGCCUUGCGUCCCCGAAGGCAUGCCACCAGUCGGGAGGGGGAGGAAGAGGAGAGGCCUGAGCCAGAAGAUUCUGAGAGGGGCGUGAAACUGGAAGAUGGAGGACAGGCCCUAACUCGCACCCCACCACCUCCGAAGACCAACUGUGAUUCCGACACUGAGGAACCUGAAACGUUUCUGGAGAAGAGAGCCUUGAACAUCAAAGCAAACAAAGCCAUGUUGGCCCAGCUGAUGGCAGAUCUACAAAAGAUGCCUGGAUCAUUACUAAAGGCUCCUGCAGGCGGUCGGCAGAAACAAGCACAUUCUCGUCCUCCCCGAGCCUCCAUGUCUGCUGGCGAGAGUCGUCGAAACCCUGAGCGGUCUUCACGGAGACACACCCGUUCCAUGGGACAGGUUGAGGACCCCCCUGACCCCGAAGAGGACAAAGAUCUGGCGUUGACCCUGGAGCAAGAACUACUGGAGGUGAGAAGGCCCCCCCGCCGUCGUGGCAACCCUCGGCCAAAUCAGGGUAAGCCCCACAUUGUGCGCCCAGUGGAGGAUAUCACCGAGGAGGAGAUUGAGCUGGUAGCAGACAGCAUGGUGGACAAGGUCUACAACAGUGUCACGGGCUCUACAUGCCACCAAUGCCGGCAGAAGACUGUGGACACGAAGACGUGCUGCCGCAAUGAGGGUUGCCGUGGAAUCCAGGGGCAGUUCUGUGGGCCGUGUCUGCGAAACCGAUAUGGGGAGGACGUGCGCAAAGCUCUGCUUGACCCGAACUGGCAGUGCCCCCCAUGCCGUGGGAUCUGUAACUGUAGCUUCUGUCGCCAGCGAGACGGUCGCUGUCCAACAGGCAUCCUUUUUCCCCUGGCACAGUACCACGGUUUCUCCGAUGUGCACUCCUACCUCAUCAGUCUUAAAAACAAACUGAAAACUGGAGAGGAGGAGACAUAA